AUGCAGGUUUUCUUCUCUCUCUGUUUGUAAAUUGUCGACUUUUUCAGAUUUUGACGGUGGUAUUUUUGAUUAUCUUGUUUGGAUGCGGUACAAUCGCCGAUAAAGAGUUAGUUUUAUCAUUUUUCUAUUAUCUCUUUAUUCUGGAUCAAUUAUGUAUUCUAAAGACCCCGUAGCUUUGCCGAGCACGCUCUUCGUUACUCAGUGAGGGGCCAGAGAAUCGCCGUUCCAUUAAACGAAAAACGAAACGCCGAUGUUGUCCAAGGUUUUUUCUAGUCAUUAGAGCUUGUCAACGCGAAAUUUUCUAGUUAUGAAGAAGCUCUCGGACGGAACAAACGGAACGAACAAUAAAAGGAAGGCAUCAACUCUUGAUGAAUUCUUCUACAUCGGAGCCAGAAGGGAUUACAACGUGAGAUUUUUCCAAACAGUGACAAUUCGGAUAAAAAUUACUAUCAUAAAAAAGGGGUUCCUAGAAGAUUUGGGGAGAGCAACCCCUACAGUAGAUAAAAGAGUGCUCUCUGAAGGGUUGGAAUUCAGGGGAUCCCUGUAGAGGUUUGGGUUCUUCUCUAGGUCGCCCCUUCUUGGAACCACUAAGACAUUCCUUAGAUCCACGGCAAAUUGUCACGCUUUCCCUGUCAAAAAAAAGUUAUCAUUCCAAAAUAAUUUGAUCAAACUCUUUAUUCAAAAUUUGAUUAAAAAACUCCAGCAAUUAAAAAAAUCAUUCAGAACGAGGGAAUAUGGUACGAUUACAUCACCGGCACCAUUUUGACUUAUUUCAAUUGGGAAAAUGGGACUCCGAAAGCCAACGAGGGGCUUUGUGUUGUGGUUGGUGACUUUUUGAAGGUUUUUGUUGUGAAUGCGCAAGUCGUUUCAAGUCGGAUGCGUCUUUAAUAUAACCGCUAAGAGACUGAGUCAUUCCAUGUGCGACCAUGGGAUUUUCAGGCCAAAUUCUGAAGGCAAAAAAGGAAAAAUAUUUUAAGAUCCAGUUGAAGAUCUCGAUGAACAGUCUUUUUUCACCCUAUUUUUGAAAACUUAAAGUAACUUUCCCUAUAUUCAGAUGAACCGGCAGGCAAAAUGGCUUCCCAGGAACUGCACUGAACUCCAUCCAGUCGCUCUUGUCGGUUCGAUUUUCAUUUUACUUAUAACUUAAAAGCUUUUUUUCGAAUCAACACCACCGGAUUUCCUCGAAAAGCCUUCAUCCAAUAGCACCGAUCAAGGUUUUUUUUAUUUUGAAAAUUUUGACUAUGAAACAAUUUUCCAGUUUUUGCUGACACCCUCGAGGACUGCGGUAAUGUUCUCUUCGAUUAUUAUUGCUUGCAAUUGGAAUGGCUUGAGGCGUGUCGGUCGCGGAAUAUAAAAUGCCUUUGCGCGAAAGUCGUUUUGAGUCGGUCACGUACGCAUUGAGCCAUUCCAAAUGCGACCACUGAUUUUCUCAUAUAUGAAAAAUGAUCAACUUUCAGAUUGCUUCGCGGCAUUUGUCUUGUGGACCAUUAUCGUUGCGUCGGGUCUAUUAAUCCACGGAUACCUUCUCUUGUUUUACUUCUCAAGUCGCCAGGGUGCCACUCUUUCUUUCACAAAAUGCACAGUUCGUUUCUCUGUCUCCCAUAUUUCAAAAAAAGAAAUUUCCAGUCGCAUGACGUGUUCAUCGAACAAAUCGCAAAGCCUCAAAAUUACAUCGAGGAAACUGUCGCCGAUGAUCAGGACACUGUUAACCUCUCGACGAUGGACAAUAUCACGCAAAAAGGAGCAUAA